AUGAUCGUCGAAACCCUGGCGCCGCGCGGCGGCGUGCCCGCCAAGGAACUCGAUAACCCAUCGAGCAACGUGUACCGCAACUAUGCGAUCAGCAAAACGGGCAACUGGUUCCUGACGGAUCGGUUUGCUAAGAAGUUCGCUGCUGCAGCCGGCAAAGACGAAAAGGCUGUGGUUAGCGUAACGGUCAACCCGGCCAACGCGUACACCGGCAUUUAUGACGAUGCGCCCAAGCUGGUGGUGUGGAUGUGCAAGCCCAUCUUCUACACGGCUCCGGAGGGUGCCAACUCGCUGCUGUGGGCGGGUUGCAGUUCAGAGGUCACGGCUGCGGAUAGCGGCAGGUAUAUUAUUCCGUUUGGCCGGUGGCAUCCCUGUCCCCGAGGGGAUCUGGUUGAGGAAAUGAGCAAGGGCGAUGAUGGCAAUGCGGUAGGAUUGGAGAAGUGGUGUGAGCGUGUAACAGCAGAUUUCCGGUAA